CAGACCCCCACUUUAGUUAUCAGCUGUCAGAUCUGAGCUAAAUCUUAGUCAUACUACUGCCACCAUGCCUAGAGAACACAAAGAAGAUCCUAGCGAUGCCACUUAUAUCUGCGACACAGAUGGCUACCGCCUCCAGCGAGGCUGCUACUACCACGUCCGCCUACCCGGCGGCGACGGCCGCAAGAUGAGCAUUGUCGCCCCCCAGGACAAGAGAUACAACUACUUCGGGCCCCUCUGUUUCGGUCCCGAGCAUGCCGCUCUUUUCUCGCUCCACGAGAACAACGAGUUUUGGGCGAGCGAUCAGAAGGCGAGACUAAACGUGCAACGCGCGCGGGGCGCCGAGGAGCAUGGGAUCUCGGCCAGUGUGGAUGCCAUUUACUGGCACUACAAGAGACUGGGCGAAACAUUGAACGGUCAUCGAACCUCGUCGGGCGAAACGAUCAUCUGGGGAGACUUUAUGGGGGGUACGUUGCACCUUAGCGAGACCCCGAUCGUCGACACGCUGUUCGACGAGAACUAUUACCCCGCCGUCUUCACCUUAAGUUGGGAUAAGGAGGCAAAUGCGCGGAUGGGGAACUUCGCGGUGGAGUUUGUCUAUGUUGGGGAUAUGUAG